GUGAGCUUUUUUGUGAAAUGUCAAACGGCCACUCCUGCUACAGUAACGGUUACCAAGCAGGGCUUGAUCUCAUGGCUGAAGAUUGCAAAGAUCAUGGGGAUGACAAUGCAAGAACUAACUUAAUUGUCAACUACCUGCCUCAGAACAUGACACAGGAUGAGCUACGGAGUCUUUUCGGUAGCAUUGGUGAAGUGGAGUCUGCCAAACUCAUCCGCGACAAGGUUGCAGGGCAUAGCCUUGGAUAUGGGUUUGUGAAUUAUGUGGACGCUAAAGAUGCAGAGAGAGCUAUUAAUACGCUCAACGGUCUGAGGCUGCAAUCAAAAACUAUAAAGGUUUCAUAUGCCCGGCCAAGCUCUGACAGCAUCAAAGAUGCAAACCUAUAUGUGAGUGGACUGCCAAAGACGAUGACUCAGAAGGAUUUAGAGCAGCUAUUUGGACGUUAUGGUCGCAUCAUUACAUCUCGUGUCCUUGUUGACCAAGUCACGGGUAUGUCCAGGGGAGUGGCUUUUAUUCGUUUUGACAGGAAAUCUGAAGCGGAUGAAGCUAUUAACAAUCUGAAUGGGCACAAACCACCAGGUGCUGUUGAGCCAAUUACGGUAAAACUUGCAGCCAAUCCUAACCAGAAAACAAAUGCAUCCCUGCUGGCACAGCUGUAUCAUUCACCAGCAAGGCGGUUUCCAGGACCAUUGCACCAUCAGGCACAAAGAUUCAGGUUUUCGCCGAUGAGUGUUGACAAUAUGAGUAGUUUGUCGGGUGUGAACGUUGGUGGUCAUAAUCCUUCUGGCUGGUGCAUCUUCAUCUACAACCUAGGCCAAGACGCAGAUGAGGGAAUCCUGUGGCAGAUGUUUGGCCCGUUCGGAGCUGUGACCAAUGUCAAAGUUAUACGCGACUUCAACACCAACAAGUGUAAAGGGUUCGGUUUUGUAACCAUGACAAACUAUGAGGAGGCUGCCAUGGCCAUUGCUAGCUUGAAUGGCUAUCGCCUCGGAGACAAAAUCCUCCAGGUCUCCUUCAAAACCAGCAAGUCUCACAAGGCGUAAUUUAAAGCUUGUGCGCAUUUGUAAGCAUUUGAUUUAGAAAUACACUGCUGAAAGGUAAAUAAGUCCACUAGUGUAAAGCAACUCUUAUUGUUGUGACAGAAGUGUUUUGUCUACCAUUCUAGAAUAAGUGAAAAGGAUUUUUUUAUAUUACUAUUACUCUGGGAUGCAAUUAACAUGAAAUGUUCAAAUGUUUGAUACCUUUCCUUCCAUAUGUUUUCCACCCACCCAAAAAGGAGGGGAAAUACUGAACCAAUGCUAUAGUUCCGUGGAUUUUGAAAAAUAUCACUUUAAAUUGCAAUAGCCUCUCUUUUUAGUGUUAGUUUUGUAACUAGGAGCUCUUGGUUGAAUCCUUUGGUUGUAAGCAAUUUCAUAAAUCCACUACCUUUUAGCAAAGGCUUCAUACAUUAGUGAACCUUUCUGAAUAUGCUUGUUUUCUUCCCUUUAAAGUUAAUCUGUUGAGGAUUAGUUCAUUUACAGUCUUGAACCAUGUUUGUAGCCGAUAUUUUCUGUAGAUAAUAUAAAUGGCAUCUUUGUCCUCCAAUUUCUCAUGGAAAACAGUGCUAGGAGUGAAAAAGGCCAAUUGUAUUUGAUUAGUAUACAGUACAAGAAUGGAGUGUGAUAGCUUCAACAUACUUUGCCAAAUUUCAAGGUGGAAGAAUGUGGUUGGGAAGUUGUAGUGUUCGAGAAGAUUAAACUUAACCUGCAAGUUCCUGGGAGAUUCAAACCUUUGAACGUUUGUAGGUUUGUUGCACCCCAUCUAGUGAACUCCAUUGCAUUUCUUUAUUAACUUUUUUUGUUUUUGCAUAAUUGACAUGCUAAACUGGGAUAAUGCGUCAGAUUAGAAAGUACUUAAAUGUUUUUUUUCCAUGCAGGUUAGCUGUCAACACAAAGCUUUGUUAAAAUAGAUUUAAAGACUAAUCUAAAAGUUUUUUCAAACUGCCUUUGAACUUCGUUAAUGUUCUGUUAUAUAAUUUCUUUUCAUUUUGUUUCCUUUGUUUUGUUUGACUAUUGAUUUUACUUUUGCAUUUAUGAUCAUUAAAUUUGUUUUGUUUUGCUCCAAUUUUGUUUUGUUUUUGGGUUUUUUUUUCUGUUUUAAAGUUCAUUUGCUGUUUAGUGCUUAAAUUUUAUUUUACAAUUUAUGGUAGGGAUUGAGGGACCAGUGUGCCAUCAGGCACCUGACCUUUAGGUAUCCUGCCAAAGAGUUUUACACCUUAUACUGAAGUGGGCUUCACAGAGCAUCUAUUUUUGUAAACAAACUUUUUACAGGAGUGCUAGCAGGGGAUUUUGAAUGGAAAGUUUUGUAUGCCAACCAGUAAACUUUUAAAUAAGCUUCAGCAAAUAGAUUGCUGUAGCCGGCUUUUAAAUCUUGUCAGAAUUAAAUGCAGACACAAAUCCACUGGUCCUGUUUGAGUAAGGGCAGGCUGAAAAGAUAGAAAAGUAGGAUUGUUGUUUAGGCUUAACUUGUGAUUCGGGAGAAUCUAAAGUUAAUGUACAAAUGAGCUUGAUCUUAAACUUGUGGUAUAAGGAGCUGACACUAAAUGCUGUAGCAAUACUUUUAAACUUUUUCUUUGUGCCAAAUGCCCUGCUGCAUUUAAAUACGAGACAAGAUUUUGAGAGUGUCUUAAUUAGAAUAUCUCAAAAUAGUUUGUAUACUUAAGUUCCUUUUCUCAUUCCCCAGCUUCCAAGCUUUUUAUAAUACACCUGGAGGAAACAGCAGUAGAAACAUGCAAUUCAUUUUUCAUAUGUAAAUAUUGAACUGUAACAAAUUGUAGGGAAGUUAUUGCAAGUUCAGGCAUCUGAGGGGAAUAAGACCAUCCAAUUAAGGGAGACUGAUUUAAGGGGUUCUCAUAUCUCAUUAUAGGCCAUUUUCCUCCUAAUGUUGCUGCUUUGAGUAUUAGAUGUAAUUUGCUUUUAUUCAGAUAACAAGAUGAUUGUAGAAGUCUUUUAGAAUUUACUUUAAAGCUUUUACUUGAAAAUCGAUUACAUUGUGGUAGAAAAUAGAAGGACUUUUCUCCAUUUGAAUAGUGCUUGAAGUAAAAUGUACCUGAAGUAAUUUGGAAUAGUCUCUUGGAGAAAAGUAACAAAGUAUUUAUCUGUGUUGACUUGCACCACAAUUGUCAUCUUUAAUUUAAGGCUAAUUAUUCAUCAGUGCAAACUGAUUUAUUAUUCAACCAGUUAAAUAUCUUCAAUUUACUCAACUACAUUCAGCACUUGUAAGACUUGUAAGCACUUCUGGUGAAAUGAGAAUCUGUCUGACAGCUUGGGUACUUAAUGAUGAGAUCAAGUUUACAUUGUAGAAAGUAUGAUUUUGGUUAGGUCUUUGUAAUACUCAGCAAUAUACUACUCUGCCAAAAGGUCAAUAAGUGACAAGUGUUCCUUUUGGUAUUUUGUAUAUGAUUAAAGUGACAAAAGCUUUUGAUACCUGAGAUUUUUCUUAGUGGAAUUUUGGGCCAAUAUUUCUUUAAUGACAAGCUGAUUAUUCCACACUGAUAAGUGAAUGGUCAACAAUUAAUUUAUAUAAGUUGGAUUGGUGGCAUAUUUUUCCAACUGAAGGGCAUUGUGCAAUUAUAUUUGGACAUAUCUUGGUCAUUGAUCCUUAACCUCCCAUCUGACACACUUUAGGACAGAUUACUGCCUGGAGAUUAAACUUAAUGAAUUUAAACUUGCAUCCAUUUUCUAUAAUUCACAUUUUCCUUCUGUUUAUUUACUGAACAGCAUCUAGUUAAUAUGAAUUGGCUUCUGCUUAAUACCAUUAGCUUUUUAUGGUAUGAUGUGUGGUAACCAAUCUCAUGGCACUAUCUUUUUUUAAAAAUCUAAACUUGAGUUAGACACCACAUCUAUCAUAGCUAAUGAAUAUCAGAGUUGGCACACUCUGGCCUUCCUUUUAUGUUUGUGUGCUUUCAUGGAUGGAAAGGCCUUGAUGAUAUAUCCAAAAUUAAUUGUGCUAUCCAAAAAAAUAUUUGUUCUAUCUAAAGCAAAAACAAAGUCAAGAGGCUAACCAUGAGAUUGCAUCUACUGAUAAUGGUUCGUGACAGAUCAUUUGUCUUUCAAGGGUAUAAUCCAUUGUUUUGCUUCCAGAUCCUGAUUUAUAUCAAUUUGCAGAAACUUUGCUGGGUUUUCCAAUAUUACAAGCUCUCAGUUGUCUACAACACUUCAAUUGCAGAAUAAAAGUAGAAGGAUAGCUACAAAGUAUGUCCCUCAAGUUUGGAUAUAUUUAGUGAUUUUUUUUUUCAAAAACUCUAUUUUUUGAAUUGUGAACAUUCCCAAAAUAGCUGAACAUCCAUGUAGCACAGGAUUAGAUAAUCAAUAACAUCCCUGCAAUUAAUUCCAUCCUCUUUUAUUCCACUGCCCCGGUAAUAUACCUGAAGACUUCCAGAUUUCUGUUUGCUCUAAUACCACCAAAACAGACACCUACCACCCCACCUCUGUCCUCUUAUCAAGAGGAAGUGAUGUGUGAACUCUAUUUUCUUUAAUGUAAUAUGAAGAGAUUGUAAUUUCUUGCACUUUGACACUGUCAGAAGGAUGUGCGUCAAUCUGAAACAGGAUUGACCUUUUUUUUUAAAAAGAAUGUCCAACCAAUAUACUAUCCUGGUUUCAUUCUCAGCAAACUUUGUGGUUUUGUUUAUUCUUCAGAGAGUGCUGUUCAGUACAUUUUGAAGAGCCACAGUCCAUAGUCACUUACUCUAUGCAUCUGUAUGACAGCUAAGCCCUCAUUUUUUUUGAACAGUUCGCUGCAUGACAGAUUAUAAUUUGAGAUGAGUUAUUUACAUGUAAAGACUUGGACUGGAAUGGCAAUGACAGCACCUGUACCAGUAAAAUUUGUUUAGUGGCAGCUGAGCAUUACAAUCUGGAUUUACAAAUUGGAGAGUGCCAACCGGGUUGUCUUGAUAGAACAUGCAAUCAUAGCUUCAGAUAAUUGGGUUUCAUGUGGUUAUUCCUAAUUUGUAAUCUGGUUUAAAAAAAAUUGAUCGAAGUUGAGGAAUGUUGGUUAAAGACAUGCUGAUUAUAAGUACAAUGUUAAUCAUAUAUAGUAUACUGGAAGUCAUUCCCUGCAAAUUGGUCUUUUGAAGAAUAGUCAGCAUAUACUCAAAGGUAUAUAUUUCAUUAAAUUAUCAAUUCUUCAAAGAAUCUCUUCCUCCCACCCCCAGACAAGUGUGCUGUUUUUUUUAAGAAAGAAAACUCCAUUAGUUAUUUUAGUAAAAGGUGGGCUAAGAAUGAUUUGGAUUCCAGGGUUAAAUCACUGUGCAGACAUUGUAAACGUGUAUCUUUUCUUUGGUUAACCAUCGCUUGCAAAUUGGGGAGCAAGUCUGUUUGCAGUUGACAAAAAGUUUCAUUUCAGGAAUUGCAAGUAACAGUUUGGUCUUGGAUGACAUCAGUGUGGCCAUGUUAAUACCUAAAUCUCUAAAUUCCAUUAUACAGUCUUUGAGUUUAAUGGCACAUGCAUUAUAUCCAGGGUAAGAUGGUUCUUUAAUUUCCUCACCAUUAACAAGAACUAAACUAAGGUAGUUAUGAAGCUCUUAUUUUGUAACUGCAAAUCAUACAGGGAAGACUUGAUUCCCUCCUGGUCUUGAGUGAAGUGCAGCAAUUAGCCUUGAUGUACUUGAGUUGGGGAACAAUCAGUCACUGAUUCCACAAUAUAAACACUUGUAGGAAAUGAUGAUGGGAUGGAUAUGGUGAUUUCUUUAUACUUUUUCUCACUGUACCCCAUUGGUUUAAUUGAGUACUGAUGUGGCAUAUGAGAGUGGCCGCUUAGACAAAUGAUUGAAGCUUGAUGCCAUCACAAGUCUUUAUCUCUAGGGAAAGGGCGGGGGGAGAAGGGGAGUUCAAAAUAAUAAGGAAAAAUGGGGUUACUUUGGACCCAAUUACUAGGCAGGUUUUAUUGAAACAUUUGGCCUAUUGAAACUUUUUUGCGUUUUGCACUUCUACUGUAAACUAUUACUUUAUUAAGAACCUACCCUCCCCUCAAACUUGCAUUCCUUUACAUUUUAAGUAACUGAAUUUAUAUCCAAGUAAUCCAUUGAGUUCAGUUAGUGAUGAUUUUAAUGAAUUUUUCAUUUUGUUGCAUUUGUUGUAAUAUUAACCCAAUCACUAUUAAUUUCAGCAGUUGAGAAUGAGUGAGUGGGAUUGGGGAGGAGGGAGGGAACAGAGGGGGAGCAUGCAUGUCCAAUUCAUGUACAAAGGGAGGUUCUUUCUGGACGCAAACGGAGUGGGUGUUAGUCUAUCUGAAUGGUUUGCUUUUUUAUGUACUUUAUUGUGAUUAAUUUUUACCAAGGGGAAAAAGACAGAGAAUAUCAGGCUAGGCCUGUCAAUGUUGAGAAGUUUUCUUUUUUGGAAGGAUCAGUGCUAGUGUAUGUUGGAUCCUCCAUCUCAAAUUAAGCAGCUGAAAUUGAGGCAGGACCAGUGGAUAUUAAAAGCCUCCCAAUAUCUGAAGUGCAGGCAAUGCCGGUGGAUCUUUAUAUUCUUCCUCCUACCAAAACAAAAUGAAAGGCAGUGUUUUAUGUUCAAACAAAAGGCAAAAAGGCUUCACAUGCCUACCACACUAACAUUGGGAGUGAAAGUGGGACCAAGUAUUAAUUAGCUCCACUUUAGAAAAGAAUGCACCUUCAAAUACUGCCAUGAGGUGAUACAUGAAGUUACUUGAUCAUUAGAUUGACUGCUGUAUAGGGCAUCUCCUUUAUUUUAGUUGCCUCAUUUUUUUAAUUUUAUAUCUUCAGUCAUAGUAUUAUAUACAGAAUACUUUUGAUGCUAUCUCAACUAGUUUUUAUUUUUUGCAUUGUGCUUGUAUAGCUGUUAUGGGAACUUAAGAUUAAUUUAUAGUGUAGAAUGCUGAAGGCAUCUUGCACUUGAAUCCAGCACCCCGGUAAUAACAGAAAUGUAGCAAUCUGUUUAAUGCUUUUUUUUAAUUUCUGUGUGUGUGUACAAUUCAUGCACACCAUAAAUUCAAACCCCAUGACUUGCUAAAGAUGCAGGGAAAUAAAUGCUGCAAAAAUGAAAGAUUUUAUGAUCCUUGUAUCUCCAACCAGAGGAAAUGGUUUAUAUUCAUUGUUAAGGUCAUUCUGUUUACUUUGUGGCUUAAUUUUCAACUGCCUUCAGGAUGAUCUGUCUCUUAAAUUUCAACUAUACCUCUUAUUGUAUAUAGAGGCAAAAAACAGCACUUUAAAAGUGUAGCCCUUAACAGCUUUAAUUAUGCUUUUCCUCUUUUAAAUUACACAACUGCGCACAGAUGUUCAGCCGUGCAUAGUUACAGUAGACAAACUUGAUUUAAUUGCCGUAUCCUAACCAAUUCAAAUCCUUGACAUUUGUGGCACCGUUGUCUUGCCUAGGUAUUGUGUUCAGUUGGGGACAACCAUUUUUGAUUUACUAUUAUAUGAAAUUGACACUAGAGAACAAUGAAGAUGGUGUAGUGUGACUACUUGGAUAAGAGAAUGUAUUAUAAAUGGAUUUUCGAGCUGAAACACAAGAAAUUCAACAUGGCCUGGACUUCAGAGGGUGAAAAUUAUUUUGCAAAAAUUUGUAUUUUGGUCAAAGCUGCCAGACUUCUGUAAAAUGAAUAUGGUGGUCCACAGAUUAGCCAUUGAGUUGCACUAAUAAUUUCCAUUCUAGAUUGUAUCCGUGCUUAGAAUUUUUUUUGGUAGAAGCAACAGUGCUUAAAUUAACUUUUUAAUAAGAGACAUGAUGGAGUAAUUUGAACAAUUAAUAACAAAAUAAUAUGCCCAGCCCAUUUUUAUAGUUUUGAUUGAAUUCAGAAUUCAAUCAAAUUUUGGUCUUGUUAAAAUUAACACUAAUUUAUGCAUUGCCUUAUGUGUGGUACAGUACCACAAGUUCUAAUGCAUGCAUUGGCAUGUGCAAUGAGAAAGAUGACAUGGGGAUUUGAAUCUUGCAGGUUGUAGCCAGAUUCAGAUGCAUGUACACAGUUUUCAAUUUGGCUGCAAGUGUUUUAUAGCCUGUGUACAUGGUUGUUCAUUCAGUUUUUUUUCCACUUGAGCCAAUUGCAAACUGACUCUAGUUCUGUAAUUCAAAUAAGGCUAAAGUCUGGAAAAAAAAAUACUUUUAUGAAUUUUAAGAAAUGUUGAGGUACAAUAAAUAUUCAUGUUAGAUCUGUUAUACCUUGAACCAAUGUUCUGCAGUUGGUUAGACAUUUCUACAAUUUAGUGCCCGAAUAAACAUGGUACAAGACAAAGUUAUAGCUACUUGAAAUGAAAGUACAUUGUAUCUAAUAAUGCCACUAACUUGAAUAUUCAGCACUGCAACUACUAAAAAGUGGAAUCAUUCCAGAGUGAGACUGCAAGAAGCACAACAGAGCUGGGAAUGUUCCAGGAUUGAAAAAAUUGGUACAAAGCAGAUUGGAUGUUUGUCUCAAGUACCCUGAGUAAUCAGCCAUAAGUUUUGGGAUCUAGUCAAAAAAGAAUGGGUGGGUGUAAUAUAUUUUAAAGUUGUAUGUUACAUUUUUCUUUAUUUUUCAAGAAGUUAAGUAAUGCAUGGCAGCUAGUAGGAGUUAUUUUUACUAAUGCAGUACAAGGUAUAGUUCCUGGCAAGACUGAUGUGCCUGGACUUAAUGUGUACUGUGAGUUCAUGGAUGUAAAUGUUCAAAUACUGUUGCUUUAUUUUAGUUUGCUACAAAGCCAGAAGAAGGCUGUUUUAAGUUAUUAAACAUUUUGUACUUAAUUUAUUUUCUCACCAAUAUUAAAUUAUGUUUGAUUCUGUUUUAAAAGACAAGUCUGACUGAACUCUUGAUUUGCUUUUUUACAGUUUCUGAAGGGAAAAGUAGCGUUCAUAGGUUUUGUAUUCAGGUUUUAAAGACAAAUUAAAUUGUGUAUCCAUGACUAUCUUAAUUUGCCUAAAGGGAUUAAACUAAAUAGUUUAAGAUAGCAUUUCUAAAUGUUUUUGAGUUCUGUUCUCCCCACCCUCACAUUGAUGUGAACUUCAGUAUAAGAGUAGUGCAUUGAUGUACCAAAUGAUGGCAGCAUCACCUGCUGAUAUUUGCACUAUUGUCGUUGUAUUUUUGGUGUUUCACUCAAAUUUUCUCGGAUCAGAUUUGGGCCAUGACACACUUGCAUCAAAAUACUCAUACUAAAACACUUUUGUAUUUUCUCUACUAAUUUAUUUAGUUAAAUGCAUUAUAGUCUUAAUAAAAUUAUUACAUUUUAAGUAGGAAUUAAGUUUGCAUUGCUUGAUGAAUUGACUGGUCCUUAAUCAACAGGGCAAGUCCUAAACUUCACUUGAUCUAACACAUCUGUAUGUCCAUCUGUAUCUUCUCAAAAUUGCCGUUGAGUCACAUUGUGGCUGUUAAAUUCUGAUAUAUAUUACAAAUGCUAUAACUUUAACCUGAAGUAAUUAGUUAAUCAAUUGAGAUAACCCAGAACAGGUCUGGCUGCGGUAGCAAUUUUGUUUUUAGGUAAUCCACUGCUUUGAGCUAUGGAUUUAUGGACAAUAGUGUACCUUUCCGAUGAUUUUUCAGCAAGCUUAUCUAACUCCAUGUCUGAUGUGAUUUUUCAACUGUGAAGAAACACAGCACCCAUUUCUAACCUGUUUCAAGAUUGGAUGAGUCUGCCGUGUAAUUGUACACUUUGUGGCUGGGUGAAUAUGCACUUAACCUUUAUAGAUUUGCAGUAGAGAAUUUGACUUAUCAAAUAAUGGUCUUGCUUCUUCAGACUAAAUGUGCCAUAAUUAUGCAUUCUGUUGAACUUGGUACUGCACUUUUCAACUUCUGCCAAUUGAUUUGAGUGCAUGGAUUUGUUCUUUGUCUAAGUUCUAUUUGUAGGAAACAUGAAAUGUCUGUAGAGAUCAGCCUUAAUGAAGUCUCACUGAUCAAUCAGUUCCUCAAUCUCUGUGGUGAUCAGAACACCCUGCAGAAAUUUCUUGGGUUUGAAGAGAAACUAUUAAUAAACUCCUUGAUUUAGUUUGAUUUUUGUUAAUAUGGAGAUUAAGCUUACUUUACGAGCUCACAUUUGGCCUUUAGCUCUUUUUCUACCGAAAAUUGUAGUUGUACUGCUGGAUGUCAUCAACAGUGCACUGAGAGCAAAUCAUUAAUGCUGAAAGUCUUGUUGAUGAGGUGAGAAGAGUGUACGGGACAAAGGAUGAAAUCAUUAAUGAGGCUUUUUAGAAAUUGAACAUAAAUCAUUCUGCUGUACAAGUCAUUAACUAACUGUCAGCAUUUAAUCACUGAUCAUUUUACAACCGAAGUUACCCAUGUUUAUGUCUCUGAGCCAGACAUCAGCAAAUAGAGUACUUAUUCAGCUUGAGCAAUGAGGAUAGACCUAAAUUGAUACUGGUGUUGUUUGUUUAUGGAACAGCUAACAAUGUUCCUUCACCUGUUCUAAAAGUCUUGCAGUGUUGAAUUACUGUACAAGUUUACCUGGUUCCAACUGCUCUGCUGUCUUUGCAGCAUCUAAUUAAAAAUGUGGUUACAAAAGGCUACAAGGAAUCAAUGGGAAAGUUCCAUAGAUCAUUUGGGUCUUACUGUAUGUUAAUCGUGCUUCUACAUUGAACAUCGCUACUACUUGGGUUGUGAUACUGAACAAUAAUCAACCAAAGAUCAUAAUUAUAAAAGUCGUAUAACUGUUGAGACUUUUCUUGUCAACUUUAAGGAUUACUUUGUCUGGGAGCCAGUUUUUUGCUCCUUUCAAGGUGCAGAGGCAAGGCCUGGUGUUUACUAUCAGAUUAGAUUUUGGGUCAUCAAUGGCUGCAAAGAACAGAUUAUUAAAUGGGAUUUGAGGGAGUAUUUGGAAGUGGACAAUAAUUAUCAUUCAGGUGGAUUUGCAUAACAUCCAAGCCUUUUUUACUCAUCAUUGGCAGCUAUGGUAGUUAAGAGUUAUAUUCUUGCAUCUGGUAAAUCUAAUUAAGUAUUUUUUAUAUUAUUACCAUUCAUACUAAAAUUAAAUUACAGAAUAUUGAACUGAUGCCAGGAGCAAAUAGUCUGGUGUCUACUAUUGUUGGUAUUACAUACUUUAUUGAUGAUCGUAUAUCCCAGAAACACCAAAAUGUAGAUUCAUAGAUUUAUAGGGAUUCAUAAGAGUUAUACAGCACAGGAGCAGGCCUUUCCUAUCCAUGUACCUGUCUGAAUGUCUUUGAAACAUACCCGCCUCUACCACAUCCUCUGGCAGCCCAUCACCCUCUGUGUGGGGGAAAAUCUUUCCCCUCUCACCUUAAACCUAACCUGCCAGUUUUAGACUCCCGUACCCUGGGAAAAAGGCAGUGUCUAUCUACCCUAAAGACUGCAACUAUUCAGCCUGUCUAUGCCCCUCAUAAUUUUAUAGACCUCUGUAAGGUCAUCUUUCAGCUUCCUUUGCUCCAGUGAAAACAGUCACAGCCUAUCCAAUCUUUCCUUAUGACUCAAAUCUUCCAGUCCAGGCAACAUUCCUGUGAAUCUGCAUACUCUCUAGCUUAAUCGCAUCUUUCCUAUAGCGUGGCAACCAAAGCUGCACAUAAUACUUCCAAGUGCAGCCUAACCAACAACUUGUACAACUGUAAUAUGACAUCCAAACUCCAAUAUUCAAUGCCUCAGCUGACGACGGCAAGCAUACCACAUGCCGCCUUCAUGACUCUGCCUACCUGUGUCACCACUUUCACGGAGCAAUGUAUUUGUACCCCAAGGUCCCACUGUUGUAUAACACUCCCCAUGACCCUGUCAUUCACUGUGUAUGUUCUGGCUUGAUUUAACAUCCCAAAAUGCAUUACUUUGCACUUAUCGGAGUUAAAUUCCAUCAGCCAUUCCCUUUCCCAGGUUAUCUAGAUCCUGUUGGAUAAAGGUACUUGCAUUUAUUUAUGACUAUUGUACUCCAAAGUGCUUUGAUAGAUCAUUCCUGAAGUGUUCUUACUUAUGUUAGAAGUAAGUGUAGCAGUUUGGCUGUGCCAAAGAAGAUCUCACAAUUAAGGCAUGAUACAAUCUCUGUUUUGUGGUGGUGAUUAUGAAAAGAAUGUUGGUUCCCUGUUCUUCAGGUUCUGCCAUGGAAUCUUUCGAUGUUCACAAAUAGACAGGGAGUUGGUGGGGUGGGCAGGAAUGAGAUAACUUUGCACCACUUCUCCAAAACAUCACAUCUCUGAUAAUGCAGUAUACAAGAUCCAUCUGACUCGGGCACAAGGGCAAAGUGAGUCACACUGGCAAUCUAUUUAUUUUAAUUGGGAAAGAGCAUCUCCCAAGUUUGUAGUUUUAAUUAGCAGGAGUCACUUGUCAACCAUAUACAUAACAAAUGGAACCAUGAAGCCUCUAAGAGCUUGGGAUCGGUGUUCAAAGUAGCCAGAAUUCUGACUGUUGGAUGGUAUAAAUGUAAGUUAUACCAGAUCUUUGGCCAUGCACUUGGGAGACUAAAUUAAUUUAAAUGUAGAAAAUAUUUAAAACACCACCCCCGUCCCCCACUUUUUGCUAAUACACUUUAAAAUCUUGCUCUGACGAAUUCUGCCCCUAUAAAACUUAAUUUGGAUAACAUGGUGGAAGUGAGGCUGUAAUUAAGGACUAAAAUAUUAAACUUUUGUAUCUGAAAUGUUCAAAGUGGCUUUAAAAUACAGUAAUACUACUUACUGUGCAUUUUUGGAAACUAAGUAUAAAAUUUAAAUCUGUCCUUCCCAUAAUGUGUACAUUUGAAAUUGUCCAUUGUGUGCAUAUCUGGGAUUUAUCCAUAAUUAAGGUAAGGAUGUUUUUUUUUCUUAAGACGUGUACCUUUUAAAUUGAAUGCCACCUAAUCAGUAUAAAUUGGCUGUAUGUUGUAUGCUGGAUUGAUGAGACAGGAGCCACAUAUCUUCUUUGAUAUGUAAUUUAGGUAUUUUAUUGAGCUAGUGUUACUGAAGGUUAGCAGUAGCUAAGGUAUUCAGGCCAAUCAAAGUGGAUCUACUUCAGGGGAUCAAAAGCAGACUACAUCUAGAAAUAAGUUCAUGUAGUCUAGACAACUAUAUACUGAUAGAAACAAAAAAUUCUGGAAGAAAAGAACCACAACCCAGGUGUUGGAGAAUGAAUGGUUGGGGAUUUGAUUUCAUAUGUCAACUGCACAAUACUUUUAUUGUUUCAUCAGUUUCAAUAUUGUAACUGCAGCAUUGUAAAGGGCAUUUAUUAACUCAUCUCAUUAUUGGAUAAAUGAGAUUACAAAUGAAGCACUAUUGUGGCCAUAUAGAUGGAUAUCUUUUAUACCUGGGAAGCUAAAUAUGAAUGUUCAAGUCAAAGGAAAUAGGUCAUUAAGAUGUGAUGUAACAUUCUAUUGGUCAUGUUUUAAGUGGUGAGCAUAUAUAUUCCUCUGUAAAUCAGAGAGCCGCAGUCCAGUUAUUAGCCAUUUUUUUUCAUCUUUGUUACUGAGCCUGAUACAUACUCAGAUCUCAGUGGUCUGAAAUCUGGCACUUUUCUAACUAAAGUAGUAAUGUUUCAUUCCUACAGUCUGACUCCAAAUGAAUACUCCAUUGUUAAACAAUUUUGUUUUAAACCAUGUUCAACAAUCAACAUUCUGUCACUUGCACUUUCUAGUUGCAUAAUUCUAUCCAGAAUUCAGACUUGUGAUGGACAAAGUGCCCACAAGAAGUCUGCCCAAAACAGGCGUAACACGUGUGUUCUAUAUUUCAGUAAUGAAAUUCGCAGUAGGUGAUUGAUUUUAUUUUAAGUCAUCACUCUGGAUUGUAUGUCAUCUGCAUAGGAGUGCUUUGUAUUGGGGUUGUAAGGAACCUUGCUGUACAGGUUUUUAUAAGAAGUUACUGUUUUUAUGACCAGUUUUCACUAAAAUGCAUAAUUGCUGUACAGUCCAGUGGAAAAACAGCAGGCCUGAAGUAUGUAGACUGGAAUAAAUACUCUUUGAAAUAACACCCAGGCUCCUUUUUGAUAACCUUUUUAUCUAGCCUCUGUUUUCCAUUUUGGAUCCUCUUUAUUUUGCACCCAAGCCU